AUGAUGCGGAGCAAGCCUGCCUCGUCGAUGCAGAAGACAUACGAUGAGUGCUAUUUGAUGUGUUCCACUGCCAUCUUCUUCGAGGGUCAGAAUAACGAAGCAGAGGCUCUGAGGUCCUGGAAAGAGGCCAGAGAUGCCAUCUACUACCACAACGCAUACAAACUGCCUGCGGGCUAUGCCCCUCGAUCCGAAACCGAGAAAGCCUUGUGGGAAUCAUUGAAGCAAUUGGAACUGCAAUGUCGAGAACGUGUAGAUCUACUCGAAGCCCUCAAGCAAAGCAGGAGCGAUGCGGACAAGCCGGAACGUCCGUCAGCGAGACGAGCAAUGCAGUACAACGACCUGCCACAAGCCAGUCCAGCGCUACCGCCGCGGCCUUCAAUGCAACUUCAUCGGUCCAGCGAUGCCACUUUGAAGGAUCGCUCAGCCAGUGUUCCGAACAGUGCAUCGACGUCUCUUGGGGCGGCACCCACGCUGCCCGUCCCUUCCAAGCAGACCUCUCGUAGUCCGAGCCCGGAUGCUGGAAGGAAGACAAUGAGGACGACAUUACGAACUGGGCGCAAGGGCUUCCAGUCAUCUCGGCCACGCACUCAGCCAAAGCAGCCACCGAUGGUAUCAAAAGCUGCCGGCAUGGCAUGGGACGCAAACCCUCGACACUCGCAGGUGGACAAAAUAGCAUUGGAUCCGACCAUUGAGGCCAGACUGAGUGCUACCGCUGCUAGGCGCAGUCUUGAUGCCAAUUCACCUGCCGCCUCACGUACUAAUAGCAUUGUGCGGAUGCCAGACCCGGGUGACUAUAUUCCGCAAAGCCAUUGGCGAGAACCAUCGGAUCCGUACCUGGAUCCAGCGGCCUCUCAGUCUAUGGUCGACUUGGCUGGUCUAGACCUGAGGCAGCAAACCUCAGUUGACUCCUUCGACGAGCCUCCAACUCCGCCACCUCAUUCCGCUGGCGCAUCGUCUCCUGCUAUUACCAAGACCAGGACAAGUUCUCCACCGCGGAUACCGAAAGCGCCUGAUAUUUCAUACCGACGAGAGUACCCAAAAGCCACAUCGAGCGUGCCACCAUCACUUCAGGCCAAUCUUCUGAACAGAGCAUAUCCUCCUAAGCCUCCUCCGCCAAGGGUCGCGCGAAAGCCAGUCCCAGAAGCGCCCUCGCCAAAGAAUAGAGAAAGCACAGAAGCACAGGCUGAUAGUGACUCUGAACGGGAAGUGACUGCGCGGCCCAAAGCGAAAGCCCCACGACGGCCACAAGCAACAAGAAAGGAAAGUGGGCAAAAGUCGAAACCAAUGACGCCACCUUCGACAUCGCCCGAUGCGUCAUCGAACGAGGAGAACGAAGAAAGCCCGGAGAGCGCGUUCGAGAAGAGGUCCAAGCAUGUUUUGAAGCACCUACCACGAGGUAUCGACCCAACGGCAGCUGCAAACAUCAUGAACGAGGUUGUGGUCCGUGGUGACGAGGUGCAUUGGGACGACGUGGCAGGUCUCGAACUGGCCAAGACAGCGCUCAAAGAAGCUGUCGUCUACCCUUUUCUGCGCCCCGACCUCUUCAUGGGCCUACGCGAACCCGCUCGUGGCAUGCUGUUAUUCGGACCGCCCGGUACAGGCAAGACUAUGCUGGCCCGCGCAGUCGCAACCGAGAGUAAAAGUACUUUCUUCUCAAUCAGCGCUAGCAGUCUUACAAGCAAGUGGCACGGCGAAUCGGAAAAGCUCGUUCGCGCCCUCUUCUCCUUGGCCAAGGUGCUCAGCCCCAGCAUUAUCUUCGUGGACGAGAUCGACAGUCUCUUAAGCAAGCGAGGCGAAGGCAGCGAACACGAGGCCAGUAGAAGAGCAAAGACGGAAUUUCUGAUUCAAUGGAGUGAUCUGCAGCGGGCGGCAGCAGGCAAAGAGAAGGAGACGGAGGAACUGGGAGGUGACCCGACGCGGGUGCUUGUGCUCGCAGCGACGAAUUGUCCGUGGGAUAUUGAUGAUGCAGCGAGGCGAAGGUUCGUGCGGAGGCAAUAUAUUCCGCUGCCAGAGCACGAGACCAGGGAGAAGCAGUUGAGGACACUAUUGGGCUAUCAGAAACAUGAUCUGGAUGAUGAGGACAUACAGCGGCUUGUGGAGGCUACGGAUGGUUACUCAGGAUCAGAUAUCACAGCUUUGGCGAAAGACGCAGCGAUGGGACCUCUACGCAAUCUGGGCGAGGCAUUAUUAUAUACCCCUCGAGAUCAGAUACGACCAAUCUCCGUGGCCGACUUUGCUGGAAGCCUACAGAGCAUCCGUCCAUCGGUCGGCAAGAAGGGUUUGGAGCAGUUUGACGCAUGGGCCAGUGAAUUUGGGGAGAGAGGUGGUUAA